AACAGUAAAAAACAAAGUUUUCCAAAUGUUUGCUGAAAAGCAGCAGGAACUAAUCAGCUCUAAUUGCUUCUGCAUGUUCAUGCAACUACAAAGGACGGCGGGUUUUAAAAUUCAGCGUUUCUGGUGCGACCCACAUCAUGAGGAGCGGAGGCUGGUCGGGUUUCCAGGUCGAGAGGAAAUCCAACAUGGAGGCCAGGUUCUGGCAUCUGAAAGGAGCCGAGACAAAGCUGGUCUGUUCAGCCCAGGAGGAGCCCGGGGGAGGCGGGGGUGAAAGUCUGAGGACGAAGAGGAGGAGGAGGAGUGAGGAAGGAUGGGGGAGCAGCAGGAAAUGUUUGUGUGGUUUAAAUCCGAACCAGAGUCUCUUCUGCAAGGUCGGAGAUUCAGCAACAACAUGGUCAGCAGAGUGGAACAUCCUGCUGCAGGUUACCGGAAGAUCUUUGAGACGGUGGAGGAAGUCAAUGAGCCGAUUUCUGCAGAAAUAACUGGUGUUUUGCCGUCGUGGCUCAGGGGAAGCGUCCUCCGGAUGGGUCCGGGUCUUUUCGAGAUCGGGGACGAACCGUUCCACCAUUUGUUUGAUGGACAAGCGCUGAUCCACAAGUUUGACCUGAAGGGCGAUCAGGUGACGUACUUCAGGAAGUUCAUCAGGACGGAUGCAUAUGUUCGGGCCAUGACAGAAAACCGGGUCGUCAUCACAGAGUUCGGCACCGCUGCCUAUCCAGACCCCUGCAAAAACAUUUUCUCCAGGUUCUUUACGUACUUCAGAGGCAUUGAAGUGACAGAUAACUGCUUAGUCAACAUUUAUCCGAUCGGCGAGGAUUUUUACGCCGUCACAGAGACAAACUUCAUCACCAAAGUGGAUCCAGAUUCACUGGAGACGCUGCAGAAGGUGGAUCUGUGUAAAUACCUGUCCAUUAACGGCGUCACGGCGCAUCCCCACGUUGACACAGACGGUUCGCUCUACAACAUCGGAAACUGCUUCGGCAAAAACAUGAGUCUGGCGUACAACAUCGUCAAGAUCCCGCCGGCGCAGAAAGAUAAAUCAGAUCCCAUUGAGAAAUUCCAGGUUGUCGUCCAACUACCGAGCAGUGAAAGAUUGAAGCCUUCCUACAUCCACAGUUUUGGUAUGACUGAGAACUACUUUGUGUUUGUGGAGCAGCCGGUGAAGAUCAACCUGCUCAAGUUUCUGUCGUCUUGGAGCGUCAGAGGAGCAACGUACAUGGACUGCUUUGAAUCCAACGAAAACAUGGGGACGUGGUUCCACUUGGCCACUAAGGAUCCUGCAGGUUACAUGACAAACCACAAAUUCAGAACUUCGGCCUUCAACCUGUUUCACCACAUCAACGCCUACGAAGACCAGGGAUUCAUCGUGGUCGACCUCUGCACGUGGAAAGGGCAUGAUUUUGUGUACAACUACCUGUACCUGGCCAACCUGAGGCAGGACUGGGAGGAGGUGAAGAAAGCGGCGAUGCGUGCGCCUCAGCCGGAGGUCAGGCGAUACGUUCUGCCACUGGACAUUCACAGGGAAGAACAAGGCCGAAACCUCGUGUCUCUGUCCUACACGACAGCAACCGCCGUCCUCCACAGCAACGGGUCCAUCUGGCUGGAGCCUGAAGUUCUGUUCUCUGGACCAAGACAGGCCUUUGAGUUUCCACAGAUUAACUACUCCAAGUGUUGUGGAAAGAAAUACUCAUUUGCAUACGGCCUUGGACUCAACCACUUCAUCCCUGACAAGAUCAUCAAGCUGAACGUCCAGACCAAAGAGACGUGGGUGUGGCAGGAGGAAGACUGUUACCCAUCAGAGCCGCUGUUUGUUCCCACACCUGGAGCCACGAAGGAAGACGAAGGCGUGCUGCUGAGCGUGGUGGUGAAGCCGGGCGCAGAGAGACCAGGCUUCCUGCUGGUUCUGGACGCCAUGAUGCUAACGGAGCUAGCUAGGGCCGAAGUCAACGCCGUCAUCCCGGUCACUUUACACGGGAUGUACAAACCUCCUCCUUCGCCCUGAACACCACUUAAAUCCCUGUUUUCUACUUACUGAUACAUUCCGAGCAGUUUGUGAAUUAAAUACAUCACAUGGAAAUUAAAAGGCACAAUUUGAAGCUUGUUUUUGUUUUUUUAGUUCCCUUUUAGCUUUCUAGCCAGUGGUAGCUACAUUUAGCUAAUCUGCUAACAGCAUAGCUAAUUAGUCUUUUAUUUAUAGAUUUACAAACAAAGCAGUAAUGAAAGGCAGAAAGGUCAACAUUAGCUCCAUUAUUAGCAGAUUAGCUCAUCAUAGUCAUGAUACCUGCACAUGUGAUGCUGCCUCAGUUAAUUAGACUCACCUGUUUCUCAUGGGCCUGUUGUUCCUGUACUGAUAUUUCCUGUCUUUUUAAUCAUACAUUGAAGCUAUUUUAGUUUAAAUUUUAUGUUACUGAAUCCACAUCUGAUUUAUUCUCCUCCAGGUAUUGGAGUUUAAUUUUCCUUCAUUGAGGAUAAAAAAAAGCAUGUUGGUAUCAUAUUUCAGACCAAUUUCUGCUCAAAACACUAAACAUUGCAGUUUAACAUGUUUUAUAUUUUGGAUACAAAUUGUUUAUGUGUUUCAACUUUAUAUGUCAGAUAAAGUGUU